AGGCAGCAAACACUUCGGUUCGUACGUGUUUCUUUUUUUAGGUUUCUGCAUGAGUUUAAAUAUACGCACCAGUUGCUCUGUUUAAGUUGUCCAUUCGCCAACUACCUGCUCCUAUGGAAAGUAGUGGAUGUUUAAAAGUGAACGUUCUCAGCAAGAUGGCCCUCACUCAAGUUUCCUCCAACAAAUGUGCUGGUGGCUACCAGAAGGUGUAUGAACAUGAAAGCGUGGAGCUCCAGUGUAAGAUGAAGUUUGCCGUUUACCUUCCUCCCAAGGCAGAGACUGACAAGUGUCCCGUCUUCUACUGGCUCUCCGGGCUGACGUGCACGGAGCAGAACUUCAUCACCAAAGCGGGAGCCCAGCAGGCCGCCGCGGACAACGGCAUCAUCAUCGUCGCCCCGGACACCAGCCCACGGGGCUGCGGCAUUGAGGGCGAGGACGAGAGCUGGGACUUCGGCACCGGAGCCGGCUUCUACGUCGACGCCACCGAGGAGCCCUGGAAGAACAACUACCGCAUGUACUCCUACGUCACAGAGGAGCUCCCCAAGCUGAUCAACAGUAACUUUGCGGCGGACCCCGACAGGAUGUCCAUCUCGGGGCACUCCAUGGGGGGUCACGGCGCGCUGGUCUGCACCCUCAGGAACCCUGGCAGAUACAAGACGGUCUCCGCGUUCGCUCCUAUCUGUAACCCCAUCGGGUGUCCCUGGGGUCAGAAAGCCUUCGCCGGAUACCUGGGAGCUGACAAGUCCACAUGGGAGGCGUACGAUGCUACGGUGUUGGCAGCUUCCUAUGACGGUCCCAAGCUAGACAUCCUGAUAGACCAAGGUGGUGAUGACCAGUUCCUGUCCUCCAGCCAGCUGCUUCCUGACCACCUGAUCGCCGCCUGCUCCGCCAAGAAGAUCCCGGUCGUUUUCCGACGCCAGCCCGGCUAUGACCACAGUUACUUCUUCAUCUACUCCUUUAUGAGCGACCACAUCAAGCACCACGCCAAGUACCUCAAUGCUUAGAGCCCACUGUCCUUCACAGAACUCAAGACAUCUCCUUGAUUGGACACUGAUAACGUAAAAGGCAUCCUUGUCUGGAAGUUGGUUUGUUUUGGUUCUGGAGGCUGAUGAUGUCAGUGUAUCACAUACCGAAAACGCAUAUUGAUAGUCAUGCAAAUCGAUCCAAUAAAAUCCUGAUUUCACAAAGGUUUGUGUUUGGAAGUUG